UUCACCAACAUGAAGACUUCCCUGCAGGCAGUGGCACUAUGGGGAAAGAAUGCCCCUCCCCACAGCAUCACUGCCAUCAUGAUCACAGAUGACCAGCAGACGAUUGUGACCGGAAGUCAGGAGGGGCAGCUCUGUCUCUGGAGCCUUUCACCUGAGCUAAAGAUUUCAGCUAAAGAACUCCUAUUUGGUCAUUCUACUUCAGUAACAUGUUUAGCAAGAGCGAGGGACUUCUCUAAACAGCCAUAUGUCGUCAGUGCUGCUGAAAAUGGGGAGAUGUGUGUUUGGAAUGUCACCAAUGGACAGUGCGUGGAGAAGGCUACACUUCCUUACACCCACACUGCCAUCUGUUAUUACCACUGCUCAUUCCGGAUGACGGGAGAAGGCUGGCUUCUGUGCUGUGGAGAGUAUCAAGAUAUCCUUAUAAUUGAUGCCAAAACUUUGGCUGUCAUUAACAUGUUCACAUCAUCUCAGUCUCCUGAUUGGAUCAACUGCAUGUGCAUUGUUCAUUCCAUGAGAAUUCAAGAAGAUUCUCUCUUGGUGGUAUCAGUAACUGGUGAGCUCAAAGUAUGGGAUCUCUCCUCAUCUAUCAAUAGCAUUCAGGAAAAGCAAGUUGUCUAUGAAAAAGAAUCCAAGUUUCUUGACUCUUUGAACUGCCAGACAAUACGAUUUUGUACAUAUACUGAGAGACUUCUGUUGGUGGUGUUUUCUAAAUGUUGGAAGGUUUAUGAUUAUUGUGAUUUUUCCCUUUUGUGGACUGAAGUUAGUAGAAAUGGGCAGUUCUUUGCUGGUGGAGAGGUGCUUGCUGCUCACAGAAUCCUCAUCUGGACAGAAGAUGGUCACAGUUAUAUCUAUCAGCUGCUGAACAGUGGCCUUUCAAAAAGCAUAUACCCUGCUGAUGGAAGAGUGCUUAAAGAGACCAUUUAUCCUCAUUUACUGUGCUCUACUUCUGUGGAGGAAAACAAGAGCCUUCCCUUUGUUAUGGGCUACAUGAAUGAAAGGAAAGAGCCUUUUUAUAAGGUACUUUUCUCUGGUGAAGUCUCAGGAAGGAUUACUCUGUGGCACAUCCCUGAUGUUCCCAUAUCCAAGUUUGAUGGUUCUCCUAGGGAAAUACCAAUAACUACCACCUGGGCCCUUCAAGAUAAUUUCGAUAAGCAUCAAACUGUGUCUCAAAGUAUUAUUGACCAUUUCUCUGGGCUUGAAGAUGAGGCAGGAACUGCAGUAGUCACUUCAUCAGAGUACGUUCCAAGUCUUGAUAAACUAAUAUGUGGCUGUGAAGAUGGGACAAUUUUCAUUACACAGGCUUUGAAUGCUGCCAAAGCAGGACUUCUAGAAGGGGGUUCUUUAUUAAAAGAUUCUCUCUCUCAUAAAGUUCUCAAAGGCCACCACCAAAGUGUAACUUCUUUACUUUAUCCACAUGGUCUAUCUUCGAAAUUAGACCAAAGUUGGAUGUUGUCUGGGGACCAAGGUUCGUGUGUGAUCUUGUGGGAUAUCUUUACUGAAGACAUUUUGCAUAAGUUCUUUUUGGAAGCUGGUCCAGUAACAAGCCUUUUGAUGUCACCAGAGAACUUCAGACUGAGGGAUGAUCAGAUAAUUUGCUGUGUGUGCAGUGACCAUUCUGUGUCUCUCCUUCACCUGGAGGGAAGGAGGUGCCUCCUGCGUGCUCGGAAGCAUCUUUUCCCUGUGAGGAUGAUAAAAUGGCACCCAGUUGAGAACUUUUUAAUUGUUGGAUGUGCUGACGAUUCUGUCUAUAUCUGGGAAAUUGAAACAGGCACUUUGGAAAGACAUGAGACAGGAGAAAGAGCGAGAAUUAUUCUUAAUUGUUGUGAUGAUUUGCAGCUUCUAAAGCCUGAACCUGCACUUUCAGUUGCCUCAGAGACACAUAAGCACAAAAGUAUAGAACAGAGAUCCUCCAGCUCCCACCAGCUUGGGCCAAUACCUUGCCCUGGUCUGCAGGUGGAGUCUUCAUGUAAGGUUGCUGAUGCUAAGUCUUUCCCAACACCUUUUAAUGUCUUGCCUGUGAAAACAAAAUGGAGUAACAUUGGCUUUCAUAUUCUUCUAUUUGAUCUGGAAAACCUUGUUAAACUUUUGUUGCCGACUCCACUGAGUGCUGCUGACUCUUCCAAUUCAUUCUAUGGUAGUGAAAUCUUGAGGAGAGCCAAGAGCACAGUAGAGAAGACGACACUGACAAUAAAAAGAAAUAAAACUGCUAGUGGUUCUCUCUCAGCAGAAGCCCAAGCCAAGCCUCUCAAUGAUGGCCUGAUCCAAGGAAACAAUGCUAUCAAAUUCAUAGAAGAAAAUGAUGAUAUUAAAAGGCAGAAGAAAACAAAGAGCUCCAAGAAAAAGCAUACCAAAGCAUCAAGAAAAGUUGAUGCCAACCUCACAAUAGACACUGCUAAAUUGUUUCUGUCCUGCCUUUUGCCAUGGGGAGUGGAUAAAGAACUAGAUAAUCUCUGCAUUAAUCAUCUCAAUAUUUUAAAGCUUCAGGGUCCUGUUUCCUUAGGGCUUGCUUCAAAUGAAGACCACUUCUCAUUGAUGCUGCCAGGUUGGGAUUUAUGCAAUACUGAAAUGAAGAAAGAGUACUCCAGAGUAAAUUUAUUUUCCAGAAAAGUUUUGGACUUAUCAAAUAAAUACACAGCCACUCUUCCAAAUCAUGUUGGAACACCAAGAAGACUGGAAAAUAAUUGUGAUUCUUUUGAGGAGUCAAAUACUAUAGUUUAUUUAUUGAGCAGACUCUUUUUAGUUAAUAAGUUAGUCAACAUGCCUUCAGAACUGGCCUGUGAUUUUGACAGAUUCUUCAAAACAGAAUCUAUACAUAAUAAGAUGAAAAGUCCUGGGAAUGAUAUUUUGCAUAUUUCAAGCUUCUAUGGUUACUUAAGAAAUGGUAAGAAUGAAUCUCAUACAACUGACGCUGACCUUCCGCUUUUGAAGUUAAUCUCAUGUUGGCGAGACCAGUCUGUGCAGGUAACUGAAGCAAUACAAGCUGUUCUCUUGGCUGAAGUGCAGCAGCACAUGAAAAGUUUGAGAAAGACGCCAAUUGACAGUCAACCAGUGUCCACAGCAGAGAAUGGUAACUAUGAGAUGAUGCAGAUCCCAAAGAAGGAGUGGACUGAGGAACUAGAAUUACAGUGUAUUAGAAACACUUCAGCUCCACAAACUCCAGUCAGUCCGGUCAAGCAUGACAGCAACUCAAACUCGGCAAACUUCCAAGAUGCUGAGGACAUGCCUGACAGAUGUGUCUUGGAAGAGUCUGAGAGUCCAGGUGAUCCAAGGCAUCAUUCAUGGAUGGCAAAGGUGUGCUCCUGCAAGGUGUGCUAACUAGAAUCUCACUGUGGCAAUGGAUUUGGACAAACCAAGAAACCCCCAAACAAGCCCUUGCUUUAUUGUCACAUAAAAGCAAUGUUGUUCUUGGUC